AACUAUUCAGCUACUACUGCUUAUGAAAUUGCUAUUUACAAUAAUAUUAUAUGAUGCUUUUGAAGUAUUAUGUUUCUACUGAUGUUUGGUUUUGUUACAGGAGAGAGACUGUUAUUCAUACUGGAUUGCUCUGCUUUAUUCGUAUCCUGUGACAGUGAAUCAGACAUUUCUGUCUAUAUACAGACUGAAUUGCCAGCCAACUUUGAGCCCAAAUAUGGAAAUGACCUAGAGGCCUUACAAAUACAUUUGUGCAUUUUUGUUCUGAGUCUCCAAUUGAGGGCAAAUGCAGUCUGGAAGCACCACUUCUUAAUGUUGCAACGGAAACAACUACCUCAACAAACAAAGGGAAAGAAGGCUUGCAGUAAUAAACACUCUAAUUUUUAAUAGCUUACACUUGCAAAGUCUUCUGUAAACAGUCCAGAUUACUAUUUUUUUUCCCCUCCAGUAUUAAUAAGAGACACCACAAGUAAAUCAAUUUGGCAGACUGGAUCUGUCAAGACGUUUGAAGAUACUUGAUCUGCUGACGUAAGGAUUUGUUUUUUCAAGGAGGGAGCCUCUGCACUGCUUUUAGAAUCGCUGUUGAUCGGUGGUUUGCUCCACUUUCCCUAAUAUUACUAACAGGAAAAUCAUAUUAAGCUAUUGCUUCUAAAACUGUUACUUGCAUUGACAAAAAUAACGUCUGUAGACUUAACAGCAAGUGAUUACAAUAUGCUCGUGAAGAAAUUGUAGGCGAUAGUUUCUCUGGUCCAGCAUUGCUUUUCUGUGUGCAGAGUGGAAAACCAAGCAGGAGACAGAGCAUUAUUAGGAUACGUCGGAUUGCUUUUUGCCUACAGUUUUAACUGCAGCGGGGCUGCACUGAACACUGAAAAUACGAAGUCAGCAAAUCUGCUGCCUUUCUCACUGCUGAUACAGAUUACACGGACGCUUGCCUUUUUGAAAUGCCUUUUGUGAAACCUGCGUACACAGUCCUCCACUGUUACUGUACGUAACUAUAUAUUUGGGGAAGAAAUUUGACAAGUGAUUGUUAAUUCAAGGAAUCUUUGGACAAGCACUCACUUAUGUAUUGCUGUAGUGCACAAGAAAGCAAAAUGGACUAUAAGCGGCGCUUUUUGCUUGGCGGGUCCAAGCAAAAAGUGCAGCAACACCAGCAGUAUCAAAUGCCUGAACUAGGCAGGACGCUGAGCGCACCACUGGCAUCUACAUCCACAGCAUCCCCCUUGGUCUCCUCAGCUGCUGCAGGCAGCUGCAGCCACCCUGUGUCCCAUACAACUCCGAUUGCAGACAUCCAGCAGGGAAUCUCCAAAUACCUGGAUGCACUCAAUGUGUUUUGCCGUACAAGCACUUUCCUUACAGACCUUUUCAGCAGUGUAUUUAGGAACUCGCACUAUUCUAAGGCAGCUAUGCAACUGAAAGACGUGCAGGAACAUGUCAUGGAAGCAGCGAGUCGACUCACAGCAGCAAUAAAACCAGAAAUAGCAAAAAUGCUGAUGGAACUGAGUGCAGGAGCUGCAAACUUUAAAGAUCAAAAAGAGUUCAGCCUACAAGACAUUGAGGUGCUUGGGCGAUGUUUCUUGACGGUGAUGCAGGUCCACUUUCAGUUCCUGUCACAAGCUUUGCAGAAGGUCCAGCCAGUGGCACACUCUUGCUUUGCUGAAGCUGUAGCCCAGGAGAGAAGGAAUGUUAGUGGGGCUGGAACCUCAAAUAUAAGCCCCACAAAUGAGCUAGAAGAUGCAGUAAGAUCAUGGAGAGGAGCAGCAGAGGCCACAUCUCGACUCCGAGAAAGAGGCUGUGAUGGAUGUUUGGCAGGAAUUGAAGUUCAGCAACUUUUCUGCUCACAGAGUGUGGCAAUCCCUGAACAUCAGCUCAAAGAGCUAAACAUGAAAAUUGACAGUGCUUUGCAGGCUUACAAAGUGGCUUUGGAGAGCUUAGGCCAUUGUGAAUAUGCAAUGAAGGCUGGCUUUCACUUGAACCCAAAAGCUAUUGAAGCAAGUCUUCAGGGCUGUUGCAGUGAAGCUGAAGCCCAGCAAACAGGAAGGAGACAGACUCCACCUCAGCCCAUUCAGUGUGAACUGCCCACUGUACCUGUUCAGAUAGGAUCACAUUUUCUGAAAGGAAUAUCCUUUAAUGAGUCUGCAGCAGAAAACCUGAAGCUGAAAACGCACACAAUGCUGCAGUUGAUUAAGGAAGCUGGAUGCCAUAAUGGACUUACACCACGGGAUGACUCUCCUGUUACUGAAGUACUAAAUCAGGUUUGCCCUUCCACUUGGCGAGGAGCCUGCAAAACUGCUGUACAAUUGUUGUUUGGCCAAGCUGGACUGGUGGUUGUGGACACAGCUCAGAUUGAAAAUAAAGAAGCUUAUGCUCCUCAGAUAAGUUUAGAAGGAUCCAGAAUUGUGGUGCAAGUUCCAUCAACUUGGUGUUUGAAAGAAGAUCCAGCAACAAUGUCUCUGCUACAGAGGAGUCUGGAUCCAGAGAAGACUUUGGGGCUAGUAGAUGUGCUCUACACUGCUGUGUUUGACAUACACAGGUGGAAGGAAGGAAGGGAGCAAGCUUUGCCUUGUAUUCAGAUCCAGCUACAGCGUGAAAUCUCAGACUUUGGGAAUCAAGUUGACAUGCCAUCCGGAAAUGGAAGCAAAUCUUCAGGUGGUCUGCAAAAGACGUUCUCAAAACUGACUUCACGGUUUACAAAAAAAACUUCCUGCACCAGUACAAGUAAUACUGGAAGUUACUCAAUCCCCAGUACGCCUUCCAAAAAUGUCUUCGUAAGUUCCACCUCAGAGGAGAAAGCUAAAAUGCCCACUAACAUAGAUGCAAGGUUACAAAGCAUCUUGAACAUCGGUAACUUUCCUAGGACUGCAGAUCCACUGCAGUCAGUUCAAAGCACAGAUAACCAGCUAGUGAAUGGGUUUCUAGUUGAAAGACGGGACAGCUUCUUCAAGCCAGACGAUGGCAAGGAUGAGAAAGGCAUGAAUUUACCAACUGACCAAGAAAUGCAGGAUGUCAUAGAUUUCUUGUCUGGUUUUAACAUGGGCAAAUCCCAGCAGACUUCUCCAAUGGUGAAAAGAAGGAAUUCUGCUGCAUCCGCUACAGCAGCAGAACAAAAAUCAGUAACAGUACAACAGCAGCCACAAUCUGUCUCUCACACACCACUGCAUCCUUCCCAGCAAGGCUUGUCACAGCAGCAGCAGUCACAAAAGCAGCAGCAGCAGCAGCAAAUGCAGUAUUACCAACACCUGCUUCAACCUAUUGGACCACAGCAACGUGUACCUGCCAAAUGGCUAACUAAUUCUUCACAGCAACCAGCCCAAGCUGUUGGAGCUGGAUUGUCUCAUCUAAACCAGUGGAACAAUCCUGGUUUUUCAGAUUUAAGCUCUGAUUUGUACAGCUUGGGUCUUGUGAGCAGCUACAUGGACAAUAUGAUGUCAGAGAUGUUAGGACAGAAACCACAAGGACCUAGAAACAACACGUGGCCAAAUCGUGACCAAACUGAUGGAGUGUUUGGGAUGCUGGGAGAAAUCCUGCCUUUUGACCCUGCAGUUGGCUCUGACCCAGAAUUUGCCCGCUAUGUUGCUGGGGUCAACCAGGCUAUGCAACAGAAAAGGCAAGCACAGCAUGUCCGUCGCCCAAGCAACACACGUAGCAACUGGCCUCUCCCUGAUGAUCCUCAUAAAACCUGGCCAUUUCCAGAGUAUUUCACAGAAGGUGAUGUAACAAAUAGUUGGUCUGGUACUCAAGGAGACUCGGCCAGCUCAAGUGAUGAGACCUCUUCAGCUAAUGGAGACAGUUUGUUCUCCAUGUUCUCAGGGCCAGACCUUGUUGCUGCAGUAAAGCAGAGAAGAAAACACAGCAGUGGCGAACAGGAACCUAGCACACUACCAUCACCACCUCUUCUUUCUGCAGCAGAUGACCGUAACCAGGAUAAUAAGACCAAGACCUGGCCUCCCAAGGCACCCUGGCAGCAUUCAGCCUCUGUCACAAACACGCUACCUGGUCAAAGUACAUCUUUGUAUCCCAUGAGCAGCCCUGUCAGCCAGUGGAGCGACACGAUGCAGAUUCUGCAGUCACCCAUGUGGGCAGCAGCCAACGACUGUGCUCCAGCAGCGGGACUUUCCUCUAACUUUGCCUAUGCGCAGCAGCAGCAGCAAUCACAGCAGGCUUCCCAGCACAAACAGAUGAAUAAGGGCUUUAAAUCUUUCCCUGUGAAGCAUGAACGCAGACCAUCUUACCUGCAUCAGUACUGACUGCUUCUCAUGUUGGGGAAUGCAGCACAGGGCCAAACAUAAAUUACCUGUACUUUGUUUCACAAGUGUGUAUUGGCUAUAUCCUGUUUAUCUCAUUAAAUACAGAACUGAGG